AUGGAGGCCAUCGGGGCGGGAGCUAACGUGGCCGCAUUCGUCGUGAUCGGACUGCAGCUCGCCAAGAAUGUCUACAAGACGCUAUCCACAAUCAAGGACGGGCCUGCAAUUGUCCAAAGAGUUGCGAACGAUGUCAAUCAGCUUCACUGGAUCCUGGAGCAGCUCCGGCACUCUCAGGCGGCUGUUCACGACGCCUCUUUGGCAGGACACAUAGGGCUAUGCGUCCAGGAGCUCAGCUCGGUAGCAGAUACCGUCCAGAAGCUUCAGUUCUCGUCAAACGAGUUGACAACCGGCAACAUGUGGAAGAGGUUCAAGUCCUUCCUUGACGAGAAGAGUUUGGACAUGAUCAGCGCCCAGGUUACCCGGCACGCUGCGAGCCUCAGCUUGCGACUGAACAUCAUAUCAAGGUUAGUUUACCCGCAAUACCGUUAUGCCUGGACUAUCUCUAUUGUGUCUUACAAGCUCAAGCAAUGA